AUGAAUAAUUUUGCGGGUUCGAUUGCUUCUUCUUCAUCCGAUGAUGAUAGCUUUGAUGAAGAUGACUUGGUGUUGUACACGUUGUUGUCUGCGGCACGCAAUAGGGUGCAACAAAGAGGCGAAAGUACAAAUACCGAGAAGAGGCGUAGAAUUUCGAUAGUUCGGGAUCGUAUGGCGGCACACGAGCUUUUGGUACGUGAUUACUUUGCCUCUGAUAGUUUGUAUGACCUAUCAAAAUUUGAAGACCGGUUUUGUAUUAGUAGAAAUUUAUUUUUACAUAUUGCUAGAGAUUUGGAAAACAAUUAUGAGUUUUUCCAAUUGAGAUGGGAUGCAAGAGGUAAACGUGGGUUUAGUACCCUACAAAAAUGCACAGCAGCCCUUAGACAAUUGGCAUACGACAUAGCAGCAGAUGCUUCAGAUAAGUAUCUGAAAAUGUCUGAGAGGACUGGACGAGAAUGUGCUUAUCUUUUUUGUGAGUAUGUCAUAGAGCUUUAUGGUGACAUCUAUUUGCGGCAUUCAACUAGAAAUGAUAUCGAACAAUUGUAUGCCGCACAUGAAGCUAAACAUGGCUUACUAGGAAUGCUUGGCAGCAUUGAUUGUACACAUUGGGAGUGGGCAAAUUGUCCCAAUGCAUGGCGAGGUCAAUUCACACGAGGUGAUCAUGGCAUCCCGACUAUUAUACUCGAGUCCGUUGCAUCACAUGACCUAUGGAUUUGGCAUGCAUUCUUUGGUAUGGCGGGGUCAAACAACGACCUGAAUGUGCUUGGAGCCUCUCCGAUAUUUAAUGAUAUUUUGUAG